AUGAAAUAUCCUUAUAAAUUCUAAUAAUAGGACAUACCUCUAUUAGAAUAAACAUUAGCAAUUCUAAUGUUGAGUAGUUUUAUGAAUGAUCUGUUAAUUGAUUUUAAUCUAUAACAUAGAGAUAGAUUUAACAGAGAAAUCAUAGAUGAUAUUUUCAUCAGCAUUCAUAAUUCUUUUUAUGAUAAAAUGUUAGAAAAUGAGAAUAACAAUAUACCUAUUGAUAUAAUAAAAGGAGUAUAAAUUUAGAGUGUAUCUGUAUAUAUUACAUUAAUAAUAUCAAAAUAUUGUUCUGGCAUAUAUAAUAGUGUUUGUUGGUAUAAUUUUUUAGAUAAGGUAUAUUGGUUUAGUAUUUUUAAUACCUUAAUAUAAAUAUCCAAAGGUAAAUCAAAGUUUUUGGUUGGGUUUACGGAAAGUAAAAUUAAAUAAUGGAGAUUUGAUUUCAAUAUAUUAUCCUAGUGUUUAAAGAUCUAAAAUUAGAUCAAAAAAAUUCUUGAAGGAAUAGAGGUUAUAUAAAAUAAAUAUAUAACCACUUUUAAUAUGUAAUGCAUCAAAGACCUUCAAUGA